AUGGGUAGAGGCGGACCCUCCUAUCUGAAUUACACGGCGCUCGUCCUACUGUCGAUAUUGUCGCCUGCCAGCGCUGGUCUCUGGGACAUCGACAUUGACAACGGACCGGCACCUCCCCCGGAGAAAGGACCGCCAUUCUCGGCGCACGCCAGCCGCGAUCGUGCUCUCCUACCAUAUCAGAUUGUUGGAAUCGUCGGCGCAUACGUGGGAAUAGUCUUGAUACUCGGGUCGCUACUCUUGACAGUCGGCCGAAAGCUACGGAAGAAAGCGCAGAGUAUGACGACGAAGCCGAAAGAGAUGGUCAAGCCCAUGCCGAAGAACUUCGAAGCGAGUCCGAUAAGCCCGCGAAGCAACAGAACGUGGUUCUCGCCGAAAGGCUUAAGGUCGAAGAGAAGCGUGACAAGCAGCAUCCGCUCCGGCGUCAGCACUCAAGUGUCGCCCGCGGUUGAGAGCGUAAUGAGCUUCGACAACAGCGUGAUCGAGGCAGACCGCGCGAGGAGGCAAGAGGAGAUGGAACGGUUGUAUGCUGCUGCUUUUGCUCAAGAUGAUCAGCGGAACGGCCAUCCCAAUGCAGGGCCGAAUACCGCACCGCCAGAGUACUCCGGCAGGGCACCGCCUCGUCUGAUCACGGAUACGCCCAGACUCAGACAUUUACAGAUACCUGGCUCCGGACCUCAGAGUCCGACUACACCAAAGUCACCAGUUCGCGCGAUAUACCCACCCGCAAACUCUGCUGCAGCACAGCCGCCCAUGCCUACAAGUCCAGUCAGAGCAGAGGUGCCAAACUACAGCCUACCGAAGCCGCCGCCAGCGGAUUAUGAUUUUAAGAUGAAUCGUCAUGAGAGGGUGCCUUCUUAUGGCAGCGGCCAGACGAGCGCUUCAGUAUCGGCACCGAAAAAACUUCGGAAGUCUCUGCGCAACAUCAAAAUCAGUGGGCCCAUCAUGGGCGAUGACAACAGUGAUGGUGCUCGUACGCCUCUAUCGCCACGCUAUUACACAGACCCUGGAGUCCCGCCAGAGCCGCCGUCCGCCCGAAUGGAACAUACGCCCAGCUCUGCUUAUCCACCAGAAACGCCCGCAACGAUGCGCAGCUGGCAUCCGGGUGAUGAGCAUGAAACCCUUGACGAGGUCCGCGACUUGCCGCAAGCGUAUCCUCAGCGCGCGACUGCCCACAAUUACAACAACGAGGCACAGCUUGUGAUCAAUGCAGCAUCCACGCGGCCAGACCCCACCAAACCUGCAAACGCGACUGGCAAUGGUGCUCUGCCCUUCCGCGAGAUGAACCGCCAGUAUGCUCAACAACAGCAACAACUCUCUUCCCAAACCGCAUUCCCACUCAGUCCUGGUCACUGGAACGCCAGCUCAACCACGCCGACCUCUGCCGGCGGCUUCGGCUAUUUAACCAGCGCUGGUCCUGUCAAGACAACGUUCUUAGAAGCACGGAGGGAUAGAUUGGGCUUAGGGCCAAGAACUGGCCAGGCGACGCCAUACAGCCCGUAUAUGCCUUUCACGCCGCUGACACCUGUGACGCCGCGCUUGACCAGCCGUGCGGAGCGGAAACAGAGGGAGAAGGACGAGAAGAAGGUGCAUGGAGCGAUCAUGGAGGAAGAUCAGGUUGCGGACGAGAAAGACCUCUGGAGUAGUGGUUACUAG